CGCACGCGCGCAAUGCACUGCCACACAUUUGUAAGGAAUGAACUUCACUUCCAGGGCACGCGGCACCUAUCAAGUUUAAAAUCUUGUCAGGAAAGGGUGUUUGCAAUGCCACAUCUUUUUGGUUACUGCUUUUGUGGAACAUGUGACUGAAUUAGAGGCUCACAUGGCUGCGUGAUCCGCUUUACUCUUUUAAAGUCCGGGGAUCGGUAGCUCCUUCGGCAUCGACCACCCGGAGCAGAAGACCGCUGAAAAACACAGCGCCUUCCCGGACAAGUCAUGGCGAAUAGCGGCCAAAAAGUUGUGCUGAUCACCGGCUGCUCCUCCGGCAUCGGGUUACGAAUCGCCGUCACGCUGGCCAAAGAUGAAAACAAGCGUUACCAUGUCAUUGCCACCAUGCGGGACCUGAAGAAGAAGGACAAAUUAAUGGAGGCAGCAGGAGAUGCAUAUGGCAAAACCUUGAUAUUGCUUCCGCUAGAUGUGUGCAGUGAUGAGUCCAUCAGGCAGUGCGUUAACAAUGUUAAGGACCGCCAUAUUGAUAUCCUGAUCAACAAUGCAGGUGUGGGUUUGCUCGGACCCGUAGAAAGCAUCAGCAUAGAGGAGAUGAAAAGAGUAUUCGAGACCAACUUCUUUGGUGUGGUUCGCAUGAUCAAGGAAGUGAUGCCAGACAUGAAGAAACGGCGUUCAGGACACAUCGUAGUCAUGAGCAGUGUUAUGGGUCUUCAGGGAGUGGUGUUCAAUGAUGUUUACACUGCCUCUAAGUUUGCCAUGGAAGGGUUCUGUGAGAGUAUGGCUGUUCAACUGAUGAAGUUCAAUAUACGGUUGUCCAUGAUUGAGCCUGGCCCAGUGCACACUGAGUUUGAGACAAAGAUGAUGGAGGAUGUGGCUAAGAUGGAGUAUCCAGGAGUAGAUGCAGACACAGUGCGUUAUUUUAAAGAUGUUUACCUGCCAUCAUCCACAGAUAUUUUUGAAGCCAUGGGCCAGACACCAGAGGACAUAGCCAAAUGCACAAAGAAGGUUAUUGAGUCCAGCAGCCCCCGCUUUAGGAAUCUGACAAACAACCUCUACACACCCAUCGUGGCCUUAAAGUACGCAGACGAGACUGGUGGCUUGUCUGUCAACACCUUCUACAACCUGCUCUUCAAUUUUGGUCCUCUCAUGCACAUCACCAUGAGCAUCCUCAAGUGCCUGACAUGCAGCUGCCUGCGUAGACGCACGAUCUCCCCUAACUGAAAAGGCUGUGCAGCGCUGCCCUUUACCUUCACCCUCCCAGCUUCUACUGCCUUUUUGUGAGGUCUGUGACUAAGCAGGUAGAUGAGAACCAAUAACCUGGAGAGAGAAGGUGCCUUUCGAAGACACUACCAUAAUAAGCUUUGUCAAACAACAUGCACAAUUGCACUAGUUUGUCACAGAGAUGUUGAAUGCAGGACGACCUUAUGUACUCUCAUAGAAACAUGCAUUCACAAAAACAGAACACGCACAGCUGAUUAUUGUACAAGCACACUAUAAAGAGGAGGCCAUGCCUUAGUUAUUGAUGCUGUAUAUGGGAGGAGCUGAUCAGAUCUAAGUGGUUUGAUGUCUAUUUCGCUUGAAAAAGAACCCACUGACAGCGAUAUGCGUUCCAUGGACAGACAAAGCACAAAAAGAUGAACUCAAAUACAGAGACAAAGAAUAAAUUAUAAAGAAAUAAUAUUGCUAUAACCUGUAGCCUCGAUAUGUUUACACUCAGGCUCACUAAAGUUAUAAAUGUAAUAUUGAGUCAGAAAGAAUAUAUCUGCUUUUAUUGCAUUGUGCCAAUAAUUUCAUGUUUGCAUUAACAUAGUGUUCUCAUGGUCAUAACUGCUGUUGAAUCAUAUUUUAAUCUUUUAAUAAACUGAAUAUUUUUGGUUUUUAAAAGUUUGUAAAGG